CCGUUACAGUUUCCGAUCCAAGUUUUCAUAGCCUCAUGUGUUCAAUAAGGCAGCCUAUGCAUUCAUUGCGGCAGAUUGUGUCGGCUGCUACUGUAGUCAGCUGCUCAAGUGGAUCACGCGGAAUGUGGAUUUGCUCGUUUGGGUAGACGUUGUGAAGCAGACGAACUUAACCCAUGCCAAGAAAUACAAGCAAGAGCAGCCGGGAGGAGGGGACGAAUUGAAUAAAAAUGGAUGGAACGGACGAAAAGUGGGGUGAAACUGACAAUUCUUUGAAUCAUUCAGCUUCUGUGGAUGGAGCCAAAUGGAUAACCCACAGCGAGCAGACGACACUGGGAAAAGAAGAAAAAGUUUCUUUUUGGCGGUUGUUUAUGGACAACAGGCUUCAAGUUGUCACCUAUUGUCUCGUGUUCGGCAGUUUUGGAGUUUGUGUUGGAUUCCUUGGCCCAACAGUGUUUGAUUUGGGAUGUCAAACGAACUCCGAUCUGAAGGAAAUGAAUUGGGUCUUCUUUGUGCAACUCCUCAUGACCUUAGUAGGAUCGAUAACAUCAGGCUGUAUGGCCGACAGGGUCCAGAACAACAUCCUCCUCCUCGUGGGUGCAGCCGGCGUCUCCUUCUCCAUGGUCCUCAUCCCCGCCUGCGACACCCUCGGCGGCCUCAUCGUGGUGUUGAUGAUCAUGGGCUGGUGCAUGGGCUGCAUCGACACCAUCGCCAAUCUGCGCAUGAUCACCCUCUUCGGCAAGAACGUCGGUCCGUUCCUCCAGGCGAUGCAUUGCUGCUAUGGUCUCGGGGCGUUCGUCAGUCCAAUGAUAGCAUCAGCGUUCCUACUCAACAUGGACUGUACCCCCUUCGUCGACGGGUACACCGUCGAACCCCACACCGCUAUUGAGAAGAAGGAAAAUGUCUCUGUUGAAAUUCCCCCUCAGCCACGGAAGGUCUUCCGUUACAGAAACAUGAGUCACGUGCCUAUAGCGUUCUAUAUACUAGGAGGGCUGCAGUUGCUUGUGGCGUUAGAAGUGGCGCUGGUCAUCUUGCGAGAGAGGAUGCGAGGCCCGGUGAAGUCCCCGGUGGGACAACAGACUACUCACAGCGGAGAAGGGGUUGCGAGUGAAGGUGGGAUGGCCUGGGUCAGGAAGUGUUGCGCCUGUAGUCCCCGAGAUGUGUUUCUGAUAACGCUCCUCGCCUCCAUCUCCGUCUUCCUCUUUGAUGGUUUACAGUCCACGUACGCCAACUACAUCUACACCUACGCCCACGAAGCCAGCGUCAAGUCUCUACAGAAAUUCGAAGGUGCUAUUCUAGAUGCCUGCUUCUGGGGUAUGUUUGCACUCGGUCGACUAUUGUCUGUCCCGGCGGCUGCGAAGUUGACCCCCAGCUUCAUGCUACUGUUCAGUAUUGUCGGCUGCAGCCUCGCUCUUGUGUUCACACUCAUCUUUAGAUUCAACCACGUCUCCAUCUACGUCGGCACGAUUUUCGUUGGCCUGUUCGUCAGCAGCAUGUCUCCGUCGGCGCUGUCCCUCACGGAGCAGUUCAUUGACAUGAAUUCAUCCAUCACGACGUGCCUGGUUGUCAUGGCUGCCCUUGGAGAGGCGCUCUGUCCCAUCAUCGUCGGCAACCUGGUGGUGUCUCUCGGAGCGACGAGUUUUCUGGCCUUCUGCUUUUCAAUAGUCCUUGUGACGCUCCUGUUGUACUGGGCGCUCUACAUGGCCGGGAAACAGAUGGGGAAAUAUCAAGUAGCCAGUCCGAGAUCAUUCGUCUGGUUAAGCAGUAACCCCGUGGCUGCAGCAGGGGAGAGCACUCUGAUCGACCCGUCAAGUGUCAAGUAUUACUCGCGCAUGCCGGAGAGCGACAGCAACGUGGAGAUGGCCGCGAUCGAGCCCCAUCAACCGAACAACACUGAGCACCAACAACCAUAUGAAUCUUAGUUUAACGAAUCUGACAAAUAUCUAUUUUAUAUUUCAUUGUUGCGUUAAUGAAUGUAUGUUUUAUUGCAAUACUACAUAUUCAUUAUAUCUGCACGUUAAUGAGUGGUGAUAUUUCGUAUGAAACUCCACACUAGGAAUUACUGCGUAAUCGUUGAAAUCCUUUUUAAAAGGGGUAUCUUUCAAAGGAAACACUUUUUAUUUUAUAUGAAGAUGACAUGUUAUGUCUUUUGAAGUUUCAAAUUUAUAUGUGUUACUUAAUGUUAGACAAGAAUUAUUAAAGGUUGUUAAGGACCGACUAUUUGAUGUUGUGUGGGGUGGGGUGGGGUUGGAGACUGUUUGGAGACUGUUUGGAGACUGGGUAGUAAUCAGAUCUUUAUUUAAUUAAACCUAUGAAACUAUGAACCUAAUUAUUAUUCAUAAAAACCCACCUUGCAACAAUGUAUAUUUUGUGACAGACAUUUUUUAUUAGUCUGUAGCAUUAUUUCAUUUCUGUUCCGUGACAAUUUGGGGUUUUUUUUCGAUAAGAUUACAGACCCACCCCCAUACCACCCCCAGAAUAUGAAAUAGUCGGUCCCUUAGGAUGUUUAGCAUUUUCCAACUGACCGAGUUUUGUUAAUUCAGUUUGUGCAACACUUACAAAUGUUUUGUCAGUGAAGAUGAGCAGCGCAUGGGUUAACCGCCCUUCAUCAAAUCAAGUGAUUUUUACCCCCUACCUACAACCUAGCCUGUCCCUCAUCCCUCUCCUCCCAUUUGUCUGACCCCUUGCGAUAUGGUUCACUAACUGUCCACACCCGAUACCUACAUGUACAUGAACUGUUCCGGUUAUUUUAUGUCGGUUGAGAACAAACAAGUUGCAAGUGAUUCCGUGACAUUUGAUUGGCUUGCGUUGCUUAUAUGCCACACCCACUAGUUUAUCACUGUUUCCUGAUUAGUUGACAAUAUAAUGGGCGGGACUUGUGUGGCAGUACUGCAUUACUUUAUUUAACUGUUAUUACGAUUUGAAGCCGAAAAUUAUUUCAAAUUAACACCUCAGAAUGGUAGUUUCCAUACAUAAGUAAACCUCGUUGUUGACUUGAAACCCCGCUACUCUGGAACAAUUUAGCCUGCCCAGUUUAGAAGCAGCUAUGGAAUGGUUGCAUCCAGUAUUUUUUGGGACACGUGAUACGAGCCAGAUAUAACUAAACUACUAGCCAUCACCGCUACAAGUGCAGUCAUAUCAAACACCAUAAACGCACCCCCCACCCCCACCCCGCUCCCUCCCACUGUCAUCUCAGCACCCACACUCACCCCUCUCUCUUCACAUCAACCAUCACGAACGCAGCCCCUAGCCCCAACCCCACUCACAUCAACUAUUAUGUACGCAUCCCCUCCCCCUCUCCCACCACACCAACCAAUCAUGAACGCCUCCCUCAACUUCGCUGUCCCCGCCCAUUACUCCCCCCCCCCCC